GCUUAAUUGGAUCGGUGCGCGGAGGAGAGCAGCAGGUGUUCUACGGUCACAAUUAAACGAAAACAACCUUCCGCCCAUGUGGAAAAAGUUGAACGGCGCUCACAACCUGCUACACUGAAAAUCACAUCAGUAAUCUGACGUAUUUGCCAUUUAAAAGUCCUGUCAUCCAAGAUGAACAGCAGUGGACCAUCGUAUCCCCUGGCCUCUCUGUAUGUAGGCGACCUCCAUGUUGAUGUUACGGAGGCCAUGCUCUACCAGAAGUUUUCUCCUGCUGGACCCAUCAUGUCGAUCCGCGUGUGCCGUGACAUCAUCACCCGCAGAUCUCUGGGAUAUGCCUACAUAAACUUCCAGCAACCAGCUGAUGCGGAGUGCGCCCUCGAUACAAUGAACUACGAUGUCAUCAAGGGUCGGCCUAUCAGAAUAAUGUGGUCUCAGCGUGACCCCGGACUCAGAAAGUCUGGUGUGGGAAACAUCUUCAUCAAGAACAUGGACGAAUCUAUUGACAACAAGGCGCUGUAUGACACCUUCUCCGCUUUCGGCAAUAUUUUGUCCUGCAAGGUUGUUUGUGAUGAGAAAGGGUCCAAAGGCUAUGGAUUUGUUCACUUUGAGACUAACGAAGCUGCGAAACGGGCCAUUGACACCAUGAAUGGGAUGCUGCUGAAUGACAGGAAAGUUGGAGAGACAGGUAAAAAGUUGGAAUCACAGGCCCGUGUGCUGGGGGAAACAUGUCAGUUGACCCUGCGUAGUUUCGUUGGCCACUUUAAGUCCCGCAAGGAGAGAGAGAUGGAGUUUGGCACCAAAGCUAUGAAGUUCACCAACGUCUACGUCAAGAACUUUGGAGAAGACUACACCGACGAGAAGCUCAAGGAAGUCUUCUCUGCAUUUGGCAGGACUCUCAGUGUGCGGGUGAUGAAGGAUGAGAGAGGCCGUUCGCGAGGAUUCGGCUUUGUAAACUACGCCAACCACGAGGAUGCUCAGAAGGCAGUUAAUGAAAUGAAUGGGAAGGACCUCAACGGGAAGAUCAUCUACGCCGGUCGGGCUCAGAAGCGUCUGGAGCGCCAGGGAGAGCUCAAGCGCAAGUUUGACCAGAUCAAACAGGACCGCAUCCAGCGCUACCAGGGGGUGAAUCUGUAUGUGAAGAACUUGGACGAUAGCAUAGAUGAUGAGAGACUCCGGAAGGAGUUUGCCCCUUACGGCACCAUCACCAGCGCUAAGGUCAUGACAGACGGCUCCCAGAGCAAGGGCUUCGGCUUUGUCUGUUUCUCUUCACCUGAGGAAGCUACAAAAGCAGUGACUGAAAUGAACGGAAGAAUUAUUGCCACCAAGCCACUGUACGUGGCUCUGGCCCAGCGGAGGGAGGAGCGCAAAGCAAUCCUGACCAAUAAAUACAUGCAGCGACUCGCCACCUUGAGGACCAUGACGAGUCCCAUCAUCGACUCGUACCAGCAGGGUGGAUACUACAUGACCGUACCACAGCCUCCCACGCGCUCCUUCUACGACCACAACGCUGUCAGCAACAUGAGACCAGUGCCUCGCUGGACAGGACAGCCACAGAGACUACAGGGCCCUUACUCAAACCAGUUUGUUGGCACCGCUGUUCCUCGUCGUGGAUCCACCCCCAUCGCUACAGUCCGACAGGCCUCCACCCAGGCUCCACGCAUCAUCAGCUCCUCACAAAAGACAAACAACAUGGCCACCCAGACUGUUGGAGGGCGUACUGACGUGCCCGGUAUGACCAGAAGCGGACAGUACAAGUACUCGUCUGCAGUGAGAAACGUCCAGCAGGUCUUGACUAUACCGGCUCCCAUGGCAAGAAUUCAGGUUGUUCCUGCACCUGUGAUGGAGCCGCCGGUGCCCAUUCAAGGCCCCGAGCCGCUCACCGCCUCCAUGUUGGCUGCAGCUCCACUCAUGGAUCAGAAACAGCUCCUUGGGGAGCGGUUGUACCCAGUGGUCCAUUCCCUUCACCCAAGCUUGGCUGGAAAAAUCACCGGCAUGCUGCUGGAGAUCGACAACUCUGAGCUGCUCCACAUGCUGGAGACCCCCGAGUCCCUGCACUCCAAGGUGGAUGAGGCCAUUGCUGUCCUGCAGGCUCACCAGGCAAAGGAAUGCUCUCCUAAGAAGUGAAGAGUCCGUUCAGUAACACUGGGAAGUUUGAAAAUGAAGCCCUUGUGGUGAUCACCAUAUAAUGGCUGAAAAACAUACACAGCUGUGUGGUGAUGUGCAGACAACCAAAGUUGACUUUAACCUUGUGAAUUUUUUUCCAGAUGUCAACGGCUUUCUGGAGGGGAAAAAAUUAAUAAAAAAAAGUAAAAUUUUGAAAAAAAGAAAAAAAAAAAAGUAAAUUAGAGAGAUUUGUAAGGUUAAAGCCAUUUUGUUGUUGCAAUACCUUUUGUUAAAAAAAAGAUAAAGUUCACAGAAUAUGCAUUAAACCUGUCUUGUGUCAUUUGUUUAACACAAGGGAAAUGUAUCAUUGACAAACUUAUGUGUCCUUAUUGCCAGGUAGUGGAUUAGAGAUCUCUGGACUGUUUGUUAGAAAAGCAGCUAUGCACUGCUCCUUCAGAGGGGCUGGUUAUUGGUUAAUCAGACGUACAUUUGCCAAACAAACCAGUUACUCUAUAUCUUCAAAGUCUUGUGUCUUGGGAAUCCAUUUUUC